AUGUUGCGACGGAGGACGAGAAAACCAAUAUGCUACGAAAGUAAGAAUUUCGAAUUGAAAACUUGUUCUGAAAUAAAUUUUCCAGUAUUAGAGAAUCUCCGAGAGCAAAAACACGCCGAGAAAGACUCUCCUUCUCGCCCGAAUGAUGAACUUGACGAAGGUCAAUUCACUACAAUUUGGGAAAAUCCUGAAAGAGUAAUCAAAUUAUCACAGAUACCUAAAAAUACUGAAUCGAUCGUCUUCAGCUCUCCGACAAAGAAGAUUUCUCGUUGUUGUACCAACUGCUUUCGCGUCAACUUUCCCUUGGACACUUCGAAGAUCCGUUAACUGUAUGUCGGAAAAUGGCUGAUUCUUCAUGUGCCAUGAAGCAGAAACAGGUCGGCACAAUGUUCACAUUACUACUGAUGCAGUUUUUGAAAGAAGAACGACGGAAGCAGGUGAGUAACGAGCGAAUAGAGUGCCUUUCGAUUUCAUUAUUUCAGAUAGAUCACCACGUUAUUCUCGCGUGGCUUGAUGCGGGUGAUCGGUUGUUCAGCGAAGAAACCGAGCCAAAUGCACUUUCAAAAAGGAACUAUGCUGUUUUGAAGUUGUACUACUUGUGCAGGACAUGGAAAGCUCAAAUCGAGGUAACCAGAGAGAAUUUUCUUAAAGCCCCGCUCGGCCCGUCACAAAAAAUGUGUGCGAAUUUUCCACGAUUUUUCCGGAAUUUUCGAUGAAAGAAGCGCGAGGAGACGCUUUCGAGUGAUAAAGAUGGCUUCGCGAACAGUUUCGAACGCGAAAAUAGAUAGAAAGCUCGUCGAACUGCUGAAAAACAAGGCCCGACGGGCCGGGCCUUGUAAAAAUUUUUUUAAAGCCCGGCCCGUUGCAAGUCUGAUGUUCAGUGUUUUUCGUGCGGAUGCAUUCAAAAGCAGGUGGUCGAGCUCUAUCUGGAAAACGACUGUUCCCGGCUAAAUGAUGCUUUGCUUUGCAUUGUCAAAGCGAAGAAGAACAACAAAGAAGAGACUGAAAGAUGCAUCGAAGAUCUGAAUCCGGCAGUCCUCAGUGAGAUUCCGUUUUGUUUGAAAUCCUAAAAAGAGAAUUCAGGACUAGUCAAAAACGCGUCGAACUUCAGUUCAAUCGAUAUGUUCUCCUAUUACGUGGAAGUUUUGCAAGAGCUGCACGGAUGCUCUCUGAUCGGUUAGUUUCUUUAAAAUUCGUCCUUUCAGCAACGAUUUCAGAUGUUGCUGACGAGAAGGCGUCCGCACGUCUCAUUCAGUUGGCAGGGUUACUGUGCGAAUUGAGCUUGAACGAUGUCCCGGAGGCCUGCUCAAAACUACAUCGCCUUCUCACUCACAUGGGCCGGAAUCAGGAGAAGAAAGUAAAUCAAAUAAAAAACCGUGUCUUUUCAAUCUGAGACUUGUUAGAACGUGACUGCGGUGGAUACGGUCCUCAGGAGCAAGUUACUUCCUAAGAUUUUCGAGUAUCUCACAAAAAACAGUCUCGUGAAAAUGCACAGAUUCAAUCGGAUAUCGGUGCAAGAAUACGUGGAUAUCGUGGCCAAAAAAAAUUAUUCAUUUGCCGAGCAAUCAAUCUUCGCUCCCCUCCAGCUGCUCAACUUACUGUAUUCCAGUGAGGGAUCCUGUUCCACUUGAUCAUUUUAUUAUUUUUCUUCAGAAUGGGAUGCCUGGAAGAGAACACGAUCUGUAGUCAAGAGCCGCAUCGAUUCGCUCGAUCUGAGUAGUUCUCACGGCCCCGUCAUCGUCCUAUAUAUGCUCAGUUUCAUUUAUCGAACAGGUUCAAAACUAUUUCUCGUCCUGACAUCCAAUAGUUUUUUUUUCAGAUCCUUCCUUACUAGCAGAUCUUACCGGAUGUCUUGAGGAAAAGUAUAAAAAAGCCGAUUCGAAUCAAAAAGUGCGCAAUUAGGUUAUUCAAUUAAUAUAUGCAAAUUUCCAGGGCAUCAUUCUUCUGAUAAUCGAAAUCGCCGAAAAACUGGCUUUGACCAACGAGUCAAUGGCUUCGUUUCUCAACGAAAAUGCGGUGAAAACACGUCUACUUCGGGACACAGAUCCGAUCCACUCCGAGCUCGUCUUCUCCUACCUGCCUGAUCUAAAACCUCUUGAACUCAAUCAGUUUCUGAAGUCAAAGGAGGAGUCCCUUUCCGACGAGGCGUGGAGCGAUCUCUUCCGAGUUAUCAAGGAUACGGAAGUGACGGUGCAAGCUGACGGAGUGUGGAAGUGCGCCGUUGAAAAGAAGAAUUCAGACAGAAACGCCAUCUGUUUCAUAACGAAGCAACUGAAUGCUAUGGCUGAAAGACAAGACGGGAAGAUGUUAACGAUGCGCGUUUCACAAGUUUUCAAUCAUUUGAAGACUACCUUGUCAGUUUCUUUUUCAAUUGAAAGACACAUGUUUUAGUUUCAGUUCCUCACCUAAGUUAGUGCCUCGUGAGCUCUUGCUCUUCUUCCCGAAAGUGCUCUUUUCGUUGACAGACACUCAGUAUUUAUUGCUCCCACCGAAUACGUCCAACUUUCUCAUUCCGCUGCUCAUUCUUUCGUACUGUCUCUUCUUCGAUGGAAAUGGUUCGUGAAAAAGUUCCUCAGGUUACUCAACGUGUUUUUUUUAGAAUUGGAGAUCGCAAAAAUGUUCCGGAUAUUGAAGAGUAAAAUCAGAAAAGAAAACUUCAAAGAAUCCAACGAUGAUCCUAUAGACGUUCUUGAUGAAAUCUGCGAGACGAUUCGAAGCGGAAAAGUGCCAAACUGCGACAUUUCGUUUGUAAGAUCGUGCGCAGGCUCCGACUUCUUUCUCAAAACGCUUUUCGAAACUACGGUAGAGGGCCACUCUCAAUCCGCCGAUGUGGUCGUCCGAAUGAGGGAAAGAACUGUGGAUGUGUGCUCGAUUCUAUUCGGCAGACUGGCACCACAGCUACAAUCCAUCGGAGACAAGGAAGGAAAGACACCCUAUUGCCAAAUCGCAGUCAUAAUAAACAAGUUUGUGACUGGAAAUCUUCCGUCGUCGAGCAAUCCGAAAGUGUGGAAGAUCACCGAACGAGCCAUAGAAGGGUUCAGUUGCAUGACUCUCAAAUGGAAUUCCAUUUUCGUGGUGGCGAAGGUGAUGGACAUUCUCUCGUCCGCCAAGAAUCACGCCGACCUGCUCGCCAGAAUGAUAGGCGUGAUCAGAAGAAACCAGGUAAAUACGAGUUGGAACCAUUCUGAUUAUUUGCAUUCAAUUACAGGAUCUACUCAAUAAGCUGAGAAAAAGAAAGGAGUUUCUCGAACUCGAAUCAGCUCUCCGAUAA